ACAAUAAAAUGUUAUCUCCAACGGUUUUUAGGGAGUUCUUGCUGCUGCUUUGUGUACUUCAAUGCUCUGACGGCAAGCGCAAUUGGGUAUACGAUCCGAUAUCCAUCGAUGGCCUCAGUGCAGAUGAAACUAAAGUGAAGGUAGAUAUGCGUGUAGAGCGCGUGGGUCGCCACGAAAUUGGCUUUUCGGGCACCAUCGACUGGCAAUAUGAUAUCGAUAACACAACUAUGGUUGAGAUGUUGAUCUAUCGUAGUGCCAGCGGCAGCGAAAGUGACUACAAACUGUUGCCCUAUGCUGUGCCCAAGAAACCUUUCCCCUCUGCAAAGACACCCUAUGAUGAAAUUGCAUAUCCCAAUUUAUCUCUUUGUUCCAACAUACCCAAAAUCGAGGGCGACGUGUUGCUACCAUGGCCCAGGAAUCUGUACACAUUUCAUUUGUGUGCAUUCUCAGAGGGAGUCUUACCAGAAGUAAUGGUUGACGGUUUCUACAAAAUUAUAAUCAAUUUGACUGGCGAGGUCGAUUGGAGCCUUACUAUUGUCAUUAGGAUCAGGACAAAAUUAAUCUAAUCGAAAUAUUCGAAUAUUUGGCCUGAUUUUGAUUAAUCUUGUGGUAAAAAUUUUAUUUAUGCUUUGCACAAUUUCAGCUACUUUUUUUCGUAACAAAUUCCUUCUUUACAAAUUCGAUUCUUUUAUUAAUUGAUUUAUUAAAUUUCUUGAUAACAAUGUUGAUAAUAUAUGAUGAGGGUUUGAGUCACAGUUCGAACUCGAACUGAUGGCUAGGAAGGCUAGGGACUUGGUUCGAUCCGUAAACCGAAACUCAAAAGCCUGAACAAAUUGGGUAAAAAGCGUAUAAUGUAUUUGUGCAAAU